AUGGUAUUUGGACUUCUUCUUGAUACAGGAAAUGUGAUUUCGGUGUUAGUAUUUCUCUCCCCCGUGGAGACGUUCUGGAGAAUAGUGAGGAGGAGAUCGACGGAGGAGUACGAGAGCUUGCCGUACAUAUGCACCCUCUUGGGCUCGUCGCUCUGGACAUUCUACGGGAUGGUCACUCCCGGUGAAUAUCUGGUCGCCACAGUCAACGGCUUCGGUGCCCUUGUCGAAUCCAUCUACGUCUCCCUUUUCCUCCUUUAUGCCCCUCCACCUAAAAAGUUGAAGACGGCGUUGUUGGUCGGAAUGCUGAACGUGUGUUUUCCAGCGACUGCGAUUGCGGCCACGAGAAUCGCGUUUAGAGAGGAAAACACGCGUUCUCAUGCAAUGGGAUUUAUCUGCGCCGGUCUCAACAUCCUCAUGUAUGGAUCUCCUCUUUCUGCCAUGAAAACUGUGGUGACGACAAAGAGUGUGGAAUACAUGCCGUUUUGGCUGUCGUUUUUCCUCUUCCUAAACGGCGCGAUUUGGGCAGCCUACGCUUCUCUCCUGCACGACGUUUUCAAUCUUGGUGCCGAAUGGGGACAACGCAACUCACUCUGUAUGCCAUUUACAAAAACGCCAAACCAAUCAACAACUCUCCCUUCUCUAAUGCUCUAAGCAACAUUGCCGAUGGCGAAGAAGCUCCUCCCUCUCCGCGUCGUCCCCUCCUCUUCUAACCCCUUUCAUAUAUAUAUUGCAAAAAAUAUGUAUAAAAAAUAAAAAGCAAGAGUUUUUUGUAUUGUUUUAUGCUCGUUUGAUCUAUUUGUCUCUU